GAUGUGAGGAUAUGUGCGGCCUUCCUCUACUUCCUCCAGGUCCGACUUGUGACAUCCCGACCGAACAGAGUAGGUACAGCCAGCUUCAUCUACGGAUACACUGUGGUCAUGGAUUUCAAAUGUGGGAUUAUUCUUGCACUUUGGACACUCUACCAUGAAGUGUCCUCCCAAGCCUGGAGGAUCUCCACAGCGUGUUACGGGAACGUGGGCCUCAACUGUUCCUUCCACUACUUCCGGUGUGCAGCUACUGACCACGUGGCGGUGAAUGGUGCGGAAUACCUGUACAAGGACAGUCCUAGGUGUGGCACGGGGGUGGGCAACUGCGACUCCCACCAACACACGUGUUGCACCCCGCAGCAAGAAGACUGCUCUCUCCCCUACACCCACGCGGAUCUUGAGCGACUCAAGCUUUGUCUCAGACAUCCGCCGUGCAUCUUCAAGACCCCGUGGAGCACCCACAAGUGUGUUGCCAACAAUCAUCUUGUACAGUUUUCUAGCUACUCGGUUAUCUUCUAUGAGUGCAUUAAAGAUGAACAUAUCGUGAACUUCUGCGAUGGCUCUAUCACUGGCACCUCUGUUUCCAUCAUGUAUGACCAAGUUCGAAAGCCGGUUGACUCAGACACAACAUGUUCGUGUAGGACUUCCGGUACAGGUCAAGGUCAAACGCCUCUCUUCAUAGAAGCCCUCGAUGUCCACCUUGGUAACAACUCCUCCGCAGGCUGCUCGUCACUGAUGCUCAACGCACACGACCGGAACAGCAUCUACGACUGCAACUCCUACGUCAUCCAUCCCUCGCAGAUUCUCAUAUCGGUCAACGGAACUCUCCCCAUUACUUCACAGCUCACAGUAGCGAAGAACAGUCCUCCACACAGAGUGUGGAUGCGUAUUCAAGCUAAGACACCUAUCAAGGUCACGUGUAGGAUACUGACCAAUCAACAGCCGGAAGUUCAGAUAAACUCGUCUGAUUCAACUGUUUCAAAAUCUUCUCUUGCGAAAAACAUCUGGAUUAUCUUAGGCGGCAGUGCCGGGGGCAUCGUCCUCGUCGCGGUUGUGUGCAUCGUCUCCAUCUGCUGUAUAAGGAAGCACCGGCAGAAGAAGACAGCUGAUAAUACAAAAGAGCCGCACGAAUAUUUUGAAAUUGAACCCCCUGGUGUGUUUUCUGUGGAGAGAACCACAGAGUCCAGUGAUUACUAUGAAAUCAGGGACAACGAACCCAGACCGGUCACUGACCAUUACUAUUCCAGUGCUGAUAGCUUGGAACGGGUCAAACACUCGGCGCAUGCGCCAAAUCCCAACGUUGUAUCCGGUUAUGAUCAUCUUCGUCUGAAGAGCGGAAGUGACGCCCCCGUGGCGCCCCACUACGGACGUCUUGGAGCGGUGACGUCAGAGCACAGCUAUAACCACCUGAACGAAAGUAGAAAAGUUGUGUUUAAAAGUGAAUAUGACAGGACUUCAGUGGCAGUAUAGCACAUUGUUGAUUAAAGAAAUUUUAAGAUCUCUAACAAAUAUUUUUGUUAAAAAAAUAAAACAAUAUA